CCGUCACCACCCCGUGUACGUGUGUGUGUACGUGUGUGUGCGUGUGUUGACGGCACGCCUGGGACGCUGAGGUGCCAGUGCCGCGAGACACUCAGGCGAGGGAACACCCACCACCACCCAACACCACCCCGCCCUCAGUGCCACCUCCACCACCCUUCCCCUCCACCCACCUCCUCCACCACCACUAGUCGCUACCUGUACCACCACCACCACCACCACCGCCAAAAUGCCUGGACCAGAAGAGUUGGAUGAGGAGAAGAUGACCAUGCUGCGGAAGGCGUUUACCAUGUUCGACAGCGGGAAGACGGGCAAGAUCGAGAAGGAGAAGAUCAGAACAAUCCUCAACACACUGGGCGCCAACUACAUCGUUGAGGAGCUCGAAGCCUUGCUGCAGGACAACGAUGUCGAUGGUACGGGCAAGCUCAACUUCGACUCAUUCGUUCGUGUGGUUGGUCACUUCCUGGAGGAGCAGGACGAGGAGGCGAUGCAGAAGGAGCUCAAGGAAGCGUUCAGGCUCUACGACAAGGAAGGUAACGGGUUCAUCCCCACGGCCGCGCUCAAGGAGAUCCUGGGAGCUCUGGAUGACAAGCUGACGAGUGCGGACUUGGACAACAUUGUGGAUGAGAUUGACGAGGACGGCUCCGGCACAGUGGACUUUGAUGAGUUCAUGGAGAUGAUGACCGGGGACUAGUCCGCCCGCCAGGUGCUGCCCACUGGCGGGGACACGGCCAACCAGCCUCUCGCCUCGCCCCGCCUCUCUCUCUCACACUCUCUCUCCCUUACCCUCCCUCUCUACCCCCCUCCUCUCUGUCUCUCCCUCUCUCUGAUUUAUAUAUUCCUUACUUUUCCUCGCUUUCUAUUAUACAUUUCCUUUCUUCAAUCUACUCCUCCUCCCUUUUCUCCACUUCUUUAAUCUUCUCUAUCUUUUCCUCCUCUUCCUCUAUCUUCUCGUUUCCUUUUCCUCCUCCUACGCCGGUAUACACAACGGACAACGCUUGAAGCCAAAUUUACUGAAGAAAGAAAGGGAGAUGAAUGUGUGCCCGCAAGCUUCCUUCACCUCAUACUUUCUAAAGAGAAGAGAAAGAUAUAUUUUCCUGGCCAAUGGUGUCGCUUUAAUAUGCUUUAAUAUGUAAUUGUUUUCAUUAUACUCAUUUAUGUGUUUCCUAUUUUUUUUGUAAGGGCUGGGUGGAAAAAACAUGUAUAUUUCUGUAUUUCUUCUAAUUUCCUAUAUUUGUUUAUUUCUUUCUAUUUUCCUUAUUUUAGGGAAAGCAAUGUAGAACGCUUCUGGAUAAUUUUUUGUAAGACUUGUAUUACCUGAAAAAAAAGAACAUAUAUAUACUUUCCUGGAAUUUUCUGUAAUUUUCGUUUUUUCUUUCACUUCAAGGAAAAUAUAUUGACAGUGUCCUGAGCCACA